GGUCCCCGCCAGUUGGAGAGCGAGUGAAAUAAACGCGGCUUUAUUCUGUUUGGCAUUUGCUGUAAUUAACUAUUUAGACAUAAAUACUAUAAAAAUGGUGCUACCGCUUUUGCAACGCUCUACGCUUCGUGGCGUCCAACAGUUGACCAAGCCAUGGGCGAGCGCAGCGUGCAGUCUUCGUAUGGCAUCGCAGGAGUUUCGCGUGGAGAGCGACACGUUCGGCGAGCUGAAGGUGCCCGCUGAUAAAUACUAUGGCGCCCAGACAAUGCGCUCCCAGAUCAACUUUCCCAUUGGCGGACCCACCGAACGCAUGCCGAAACCCGUUGUCCAGGCCAUGGGCAUCUUAAAGAAGGCCGCUGCGGAGGUCAACAAGGAGUUCGGCCUUGACGUCAAGGUUAGCGAGGCCAUCUCGAAGGCCGCCGAUGACGUUAUCUCCGGCAAGCUGUACGACGAUCACUUUCCCCUAGUCAUCUGGCAGACAGGCUCCGGCACCCAGAGCAACAUGAAUGUGAACGAGGUCAUCAGCAAUCGCGCCAUUGAGUUGAUGGGCGGCAAGCUGGGCUCCAAGACGCCCGUGCACCCGAACGAUCAUGUGAACAAGUCGCAGAGCUCCAACGAUACCUUCCCCACGGCCAUUCACAUCUCGGUCGCCCUGGAGUUGAACAACAAUCUGAAGCCGGCGAUCAAGACGCUGCACGAUGCGUUGGCCGCCAAGUCCAAUGAGUUCAAGGACAUCAUCAAGAUUGGCCGCACCCACACCAUGGACGCUGUUCCCCUGACCCUGGGCCAGGAAUUCAGCGGCUAUGCCCAGCAGCUGGCCUACGCUCUGGAACGUAUCGAUGCCUGCCUGCCCCGUGUCUACGAGCUGGCUUUGGGCGGCACGGCCGUCGGCACCGGCCUGAACACGCGCAAGGGCUUCGCCGAGAAGUGCGCCGCCAAAAUAGCCCAGCUGACGGGCCUGCCCUUUGUCACUGCCCCCAACAAGUUCGAGGCUCUAGCUGCACGCGAUGCCAUGGUCGAGGUGCACGGUGUACUGAACACCAUUGCUGUCAGCCUCAUGAAGAUCGGCAACGAUAUCAGAUUCCUGGGUUCGGGACCGCGUUGCGGCUUGGGUGAGCUCUCACUGCCAGAGAACGAGCCAGGCAGCUCCAUCAUGCCAGGCAAGGUGAAUCCCACACAGUGUGAAUCCCUGACCAUGCUCGCCGCUCAGGUGAUGGGCAACCAGGUGGCCGUCACUAUCGGCGGUGCUAAUGGACACUUCGAACUGAACGUGUUCAAGCCACUGAUUGUCUCCAAUGUGCUGCGCUCCAUUCGUCUGCUCUCCGAUGGCAGUCGAACCUUCACGGCCAACUGUGUGAACGGCAUAAAGGCCAACAAGGAGAACAUUGCCAAGAUCAUGAACGAGUCGCUGAUGCUGGUAACGGCGCUCAAUCCCCACAUUGGCUACGACAAGGCGGCCAAGAUUGCGAAGACGGCACACAAGAACGGAACGACACUGAAGGAGGAGGCCAUCAAUCUGGGCUACCUGACGGAACAGCAGUUCAAUGACUGGGUGCGACCAGAGGAGAUGCUGGGACCCAAAUAGACAUUGCUUUAUACCCAUUUAGAGCUAAGCGUAAAGUCGACCUUGCGUUAGCUGUCAGAAUGUAUUUGGAAGCUAGACGGCAUGCGUGUGUCCGAAUUGUUCAGUCUCACUCCGAAAAUUCAAUAAAAAUCAUAAUUUUUUCGUCUUGAACAUAAACUUUAUGAAAAGAAA